AUGUCAAAUGUAUAUUCACCCAUCUUUCCUAUUCAAGAACCUCAUCAUUUUAGUGACUAUGGUUUUGACCCUCAAAUUGAUUACUUUCAGGUUUUGGAAGAAGCAAGGAAGUACCACAAGAAAGAGAGUUCAAGAUCUAUAGACACACUCCAUUUCAAGCUGCAAAAGCCCAUUUCCAAAGAUGAAUCCUCCAAGAAGAUCAAGAAGAACAAGAAACGGUGGUGGAAGAACGCCUUCCUCUUCUUCAAGAGGGCGGCACAUGGUGGCGCUGCCACAAAGGAUCUUGAUCAUCAUGGCGGAGUCCAACAUGGCCAUGCAUGCAGAGGACCAAUAUCCGGGCCGGUUUAUAUAACUGAAAGUAGAAGUGGGUCAUCUACCCCUUACCGUAAAACCAGCCGGCCAUCUUCCGGUCCACUCGCCGGAACUUUGAACCCCACGGGGAAAGAUAAGGUGGGGAUCCCCUAUAUUAGCCUUAGGGAGCUUAACAUGGACCAGCAGCAUAGAAUUUCAUCAAAUGCCAUGCCCAUAUAUUUUGUCACAUGA